AUGUGGCAGGACAUGUGCUCAAGUUGGCGGCGCGGCUCCUUCCCCAUCAUCAGUCCUGCGGGCGGCGGGGAGCUGCGGCUGAACCGGCGCCGCACCAAGUCGCUGCCCUGCCUGCGGGACCCCUCGGACUACCGCAGCGACCUGCACGGGGGUCUGCGCAAGAAGGUGAAGUUCGCCGACUCGCUGGGCCUGAGCCUGGCCAGCGUCAAGCACUUCAGGGCCACGGACGAGCCGCACGUGCCCACCAAGGUCUUCCUGAGGCUCCGGAGCUUCUCCAUCGUGGACGACCUGAACGAGAACUUCAAGGCGCUGGGGAUGCACUGGCUCCGGGCCGCCUUCCUCAUGCCCGGCGACAGCAGCGACUUCCUGCAGCGGGUGGAGCGGGACAAGGUGUGCCUGGAGCGGCUGACGGUCAGCCACUUCGAGGUGCACGGGCUGGUCCGGGCGCUGCGCCUGACCCAGGCGAAGGACGUGCGGGUCCGGUACAGCUUCGACAGCUGGCGGUCCUGCCUGGACAGCCCGGCCGCCCGCCUGGAGAGGCUGGCCGGCCCGGAGCGGGCGGCCACCGACCGCUUCUCCUUCAGCCUCUCCAUCCCCCCCUUCAUGGACCAGGGCUCCUUCGUGCACUUCGCCGUCUGCUACAGGACAGAGCACGAGGAGUUCUGGGACAACAACUCGGGAAAAAACUACGCGCUGCAGUGCGAGGCCAGAGCAGACCAACACGCUAACACUUAGCACUUCUUUUUUUCCCCCCCCCCACCCCUCCA